AUGGAAGGGGGAAUAUGGACGGUAGACCUGGUCAGGUUGUCUCCUGCAUCCCUCCCCACAACCUCUGAGCGUUCCUCUCUAGGACUCUCCGAGAGAUCUGACAAUGUAUGGACGUUGCUGGAUCCUGACCAGAGAGCUGUGCAUAAGGAAGUCGAGGAGAAUCGUGGGACCAUGGACCCUCUCGGUGGUGAUGAAUUGGAAAUGAAGAAUGGGGGAGACCAUGACAAAAUCCACACAGUGGAGAAGCCAUAUCAAAUUUGGGAGUGUGGAGAGAGCUCCAGUCAGAGUUCCCGUUCCCAUCAAAGAACUCACAGUGGGAAGAAAGGCUCUCAGUGCUCAGAAUGUGAGAAGAGCUUCAGUUGGAAGGACAAUCUCACUUCCCAUCGAAGAAUUCAUACUGGAGAGAAACCCUAUCAGUGCUUGGAAUGUGGAAAAAGCUUCCGUCGCAGCUCAAAUCUAUAUUCCCAUCAAAGAAUUCAUACAGGGGAGAAACCAUAUCAGUGUUUAGAAUGUGGAAAGAGCUUUCGGGAGGGGCCCAAGCUCACUUCCCAUCACAGAAUUCAUACAGGGGAGAAACCCUUUCAGUGCUUGGAAUGUGGAAAGAGCUUCAGUCACAGCCACAGUCUCACUUCCCACCAAAGAAUUCAUACAGGGGAGAAACCCUAUCAGUGA